CGUGGUGCAAAGGUCGCGGAGUACCCGUAUGCAGACGAUAUAUAGCUUAACAGGCCCGUAUUAAGCCCUUUUUUGAGAAGUGUGUGAAGCAGUACUGUUUCCUGACUCACCGCUGUUCCAUUUUUACGAAUAAGUCGGUCAGGAAUACGUUAACAUGGCAUUUAAGGAUACCGGCAAAGCUCCCGUUGAAGCAGAGGUUGCAAUCCACCGCAUCAGAAUCACUCUGACGAGUCGCAAUGUCAAGUCCCUGGAGAAGGUGUGUGCGGACCUGAUCAGAGGUGCCAAGGAGAAGAACCUGAAAGUCAAGGGCCCAGUCCGUAUGCCGACCAAGACUUUGCGCAUCACAACCAGGAAGACCCCUUGUGGUGAAGGAUCCAAAACCUGGGACCGGUUUCAGAUGCGUAUCCACAAGCGACUCAUUGAUCUCCACAGCCCAUCUGAAAUCGUCAAGCAGAUUACUUCCAUCAGCAUUGAACCUGGAGUAGAAGUUGAGGUCACAAUCGCAGAUGCAUAAGUGCCCCCCCUCUGUGCCACUGCAAUAAAUGAUUUGAAAUGAA